AGCUUCAUCGGCCGGCCUUACCCCUUGCACGCGAAACAAACUAAAAGAACAGCAAAUACAAAAGCACAGUGUGGAGGACUUUCUCGUUUUUGCGCGUAACUGUGGCGAACCGCUCGUUGUCUCAGUUUCAGUUUCGAAGUACGCCAGAGAAUCAUUCGGCAACUUCACGAUCACCAAUUGAGUGACGCAUUCAGCUGUCGUGUUAUUUCGUAUCAACAUCCACUCCCCCCCUCCCACACACACACACCCGAUAAAACAGGAAAAUGCCGAAGUCAAAGCGCUCCAAAAUCGUGCCGCUCACGAAAACGCAGGCGAAGACUCGCGACGACAAGGACAAGCUGAUGGAGCGCAUUCGCGCUGCCCUGGAGGACUACAACGAUGUUUACACCUUUGAACUGCACAACAUCCGCACCAACAUUCUGCAGCAGAUUCGUGAAGAGCGCAGCGCGGACAGCCGUCUCUUUCUCGGCAACAACAAACUGAUGAGGAUCGCCAUCGGGCGUGACGAGGAGAGCGCCCAGAAACCAAACCUGCACAAGCUCGCCCCUUUCCUCACGGGUCUCUGCGGGCUGCUCUUCACCAACCUGAGCAAGAAAGAGGUGAAGGACUACUUCGGCACCGUCGGCGCUCCCGUGUACGCGCGGACGGGGCAGACGGCGACUGAGUCACUGGUUCUCAAGGCGGGUCCUCUUCCGCAGUUCCCGCACAGCAUGUUUGAUCACCUCGCCAAACUGGGUCUGCCGAUUAAGCUGGACCGGGGUGUGAUCGUGCUGCUGCAGGACACCACCGUUUGCGAGCCAGGCGACACGCUCAGCGCAGAGGCGGCACAGCUGUUGAAGCUUUUUGGGAUGCAGUCUGCCGAAUUCAAAAUCGAUCUGACGGCGCACUGGUCGAAUGGGGUGGCGAAGAAGGUGAGCAGUAGCAGCUCGACUAAGGACGAGGCGAAGUAG